CACAAUAAAGCACAAAGUAGUGAUGAUUCAAAAUUUUCUUGCCCACUUAGACUACAAAUAAUGCCUUACUCCUUUUUUUAUUUUAUAUUGUUUGAUAUAUUUAGUCCAAAACCUGCCAGUGAGUAAACAUGUUGAUCCAAACUAGUACGAACAAGCAUAGAGUCAGAACAUAUUUAAGCUAAUCGUUAUUUUUAAGUUAAAUUAAGAAGCCAUGUGUUUUCAUGCUUAUCCUGUGCUGAUAUUCCUUCAUUAUCAGCUUGGAAAAACUGGAGCAGCAAAUCGAAUCAUAUAGGCAUAAAGUCCUCUAGCCUGUUAGUACUUUAAGGUGCUGUUUGAAUUCUGUCCUCAAUGCUGCCUUGUUUUGUAUUAUAUUCAUUUCCUCAUUUUUUACAGCAUAAUGUGGUGUAUACUCAAGUGACCGCACAGGCUGUAACGCUCAUUUGGCUCCACCUUCAGCUGCCCAGCACAGGUGUGUCCUCACCUGUGACAAAACCUGGUGUGUAGUCACACGCAUGCUGAUUGCGGCAAAAGGUGUUUCAUACUUGGUUGAACACGUGUGCCAAAUGUAAUCGCGGCGACCUGAGUGAAAACCAUGGGCAGAUUUUGGAAUGAGCUGUUAAUGGUGCUGAUGCUGGCGGAUAUUUUGUUCAUGGCGUUGGCGCGCAAAGAAGGCAAAGUGCGGAGGCGCAAAGUGGAGGGUCAGCAGGACACGCAGCCGCAGCGCAACUCAACUUCUUUUCAGAUUCCUCUUGACCCCAUACUGACCGGAGACCACACAGCCGGAGCCGGAGAACACGAGGUGGACUUCGACAAAGCCAUAGAUGACAUGGUGUCGCAGGUGAGGAACAACCCGGCGCUGUCCAAAAGCAGGUGCGUGGUGGACCGCCACCUGUGGAUGUCCAACAGCCGUAGCCUCUCUCCAUGGUCCUACAGGAUCAAUCACGACGAGGACCGCAGGCCUGUUGACAUACCAGAGGCCAAGUGUGCAUGUGCAGGGUGCAUUAACCCCUUCACUAUGCAGGAGGACCGCUCAAUGACCAGUGUGCUUAUCUACGCCAAGAUCCCGGUGAGGCGACUGCAGUGUCCCCGCAAGAAGAAGAAGAAGUGUGUGCCGCGGUACCGCACCGUGGUGGAGAGCAUCGCUGUAGGCUGUACGUGUAUAGCAGGCUGAACAUCAAACAAAUCUUCAUGAACUCUCUUUCUCAUCACAUAUUUUUAUUAUUACUACUGCUCAUGUACAUCUUCAGUGUCAGGUUGCUGAACCAAAACAUAAACACAAACACAGUGUGUACUAAUGCACCGGAGCAACUAUUUGUCACAGUUGAGUAUUGUUGUUGUUUUUCUUUCUGUCAGUUAUAAUAGCCUUUUUAUUAGCCAUGUAAUUAUUUAGCUCCUACUUGUUACUCUUUAUGCAGAUAUGUUAUGCAGCCAAGUUUUUCAGAUUUGUGUUUCUCUGUUUCAUUCCCUAAGCAGUGAGGCAACAUGAGAGCUUCUCCUUUUUCUAUUUGUUAUUCUUUAAGCCACAAGGCCAAAUACAGCUGUAUUGUAUUUACAUUUACAGAAUAUGGCAGACGCCCUUAUCCAGAGCGACUUGCAUUUAUCUCAUUCAGCUGAGGGUUAAGGGCCUGGCUUGAGGGCCCAGCAGUGGCUGCUUGGCAGUACUGGGAUUUUCAUGAUCUUCUGAUCAUUAGUCCAAAGUCUUAACCACUGAGCUAUCAAUCUUUCCUGAGAUUUCCAUAGUCACGGUUACACCUUGCUGCUUUUUUUAUUAUCCUGUUGCUGAAACACAUGUUCCAGGGUUGAGUCUUACACAUUAUGUAUUUUAAAUGCCUCAUGAGCUCAGGUCUAUUAUUUUGUUCCACUGUAAAAUAUAAUGCAUGCAUUUAUUACUGACACAGUAUGUAAGGUUAAUUGUGCUAAAAGCAUAAUAAAUAAACUACUCAAAUACAUUAAGAAAUAAAAUUCUUUAAACAAAAGUGUGUGUAUGAAGGCUAAUAUUCUGCUUAACUAAAAUAAUUUUUUUUACUUAUAUUAAUUCUAUGUUAUCUAAUAUCAAUGUGACAGUUCCUAAUGUUUACCAAUG